CUUCCUAGUGCGUUCUUUUCUUUGUACACCUUAAAUUCCACGCCCUCCUCUGGCGUCCUCCACUUGCCCGGCGAAUCUAACCUUCAUCCUGCUGCUGCCACCGCCGGCGGGUCGACUAGACUCGGGUUCCUCCCACCCCAAACAGCACGAGGCUGCCGCCGCCAUCUGUCUUCCAUGUCACAGCCGCUCAAUUCCUCCCGGCAUGCUUCCAAUCCCCAUGCUACACAGAGGGUAUUGAUAACGAACAAGCGUGGAGAGAAACUUGUGGGGCUACUGCAUCCCACGGGUUUGAACAAGAUUGUAGUCUUGUGCCAUGGCUUUACGGCCUCCAAGAGUUCUGGCAUUAUUGUUGAUCUGGCAGAUGCAAUAAUAAAAAAAGGGAUUAGUGUCUUUCACUUUGAUUUCAGUGGAAACGGAGAGAGCGAAGGCGAAUUCCAGUAUGGCAACUACAGGAAAGAGGCUGAAGACUUGCAUUCUGUUGUCUCAUAUCUGUAUCAGGAGAAGUAUGAUGUAGCAGCUGUUGUUGGUCACAGCAAAGGAGGAGAUGUGGUUGUUCUUUAUGCUUCCCUAUAUGACGAUGUCCACAUGGUUGUUAACCUAUCUGGCCGAUUUUAUUUGGAGAAAGGCAUUGAGGAACGCCUAGGGAAGGAAUUUCUUGACAGAAUAAAUAAGGAAGGUUACAUUGAUGUCACAAACAAGUCAGGUAACAAUUUUGCAUACUGUGUAUAUAGCUUGUCUUUCGUUGUCAUAUACUUACUAUCCAAUGAUUCCAAUGUAGGAAAUAUGUUAUACAGGGUAACAAAAGAGAGCUUGAUGGAACGACUCAACACUGACAUGCGUGCAACGAGCCUCUCCAUUAGCAAGGAAUGCAGCUUCUUCACAGUUCAUGGUUCUGCUGAUGACAUCAUUCCGGUGGAAGAUGCAUAUGAGUUUGCAAAGCAUAUACCAACCCACAAACUCUGUGUCGUCGAGGGAGCAGAUCACUGCUACACCAGACAUCGUAAAGAACUUUCAGAUGCUGUAGUGGGUUUCAUUACAUCCAACAAGGCCAGGGAUACCACGCUAGAAGAUCAAUGAAUUCUGAUGGAUUUAUGCUGUAGGAUUUUGUACAGCAGUUCUCUUUACAGAAGCUCCCCUCAGAACAAGGCAAUUCUAGAUCAUGGUCAUUCUACUUCUUAGUUCCGGGAUGUAAUAAGCAAUAAAGCAUUGCAAGGCUUUAGGUUUGCGUUAUUUUAUGGGGACUGCUAUGCGUCGGUCCCUUCCAGUGGGAUGCACAUUUUUCUAUUUUGCAACAAAGACCUUGUUGCAGAAACAUUUAUAACGGAGAUUGUGUUGGAGAAUUUUUAUGUAACAGAGGUUGUGUUGCGA